AUUGAAGCCGCAAUGUCUUCGCUUCAGUAUAUGAGAGAGUUCAUCAGCGAGCGGCUCACUGCCGCCGCUGAAGAGAUAUUCGGAGUCUUCGAAAGGACCAUCGUCGAGUACGAGGAAGAGGCCGCUCGUCAGAGCAAACUGCUGGACAUCGUCUGGAAACCCGAAGUAAGGUUGCGCAGGGCAGAGCUCCCGCAGCAGCCCGUCUGUAAGGAGGAGGAGUUCCUCGCUGACCAGCAGCUCCGUAGCCAGGAGAGGAACUCCAGUCUGGACCACGAGGAGCCUGGGCCGCUGCGCAUCAAAGAGGAGGAGGAGGACAUCUCCACCAGUCAGGAGGGAGAGCGGCUCGUGCUGAAGCAGGAGACUGAUGCCUUCACGUUGACCCCUGACCGUGAGGAAGGUGACCACAGAGAGCCGGAACCGGACCGUGACCACCAGCUCCUCUCGCACAACCCCCCCGCAGCUGACAGCCGAGAUCAGAGAGGAGGCGAACACGUGGCCUCGGGAUCGACUGCAAAUGUGGAGUCAGACCAACAGAGGAGUCUUUAUGAAAUCAGGAGUCACAGUAGCGAUGUGUACAACUCUCCCACAUCAAAUAUCGCCUCUUAUACUCACACAGGUGAGGAGUCUUUCAAAUGUGACAUUUGUGGAAAAGUGUUAAAGAAUGAGCUUGGAUUAGAUAAACACGUUAAGAAAAUCCACAAAGGAGAGAAACCAUAUUUGUGUAAAACGUGCGGGAAAGGAUUCGUCAACGUGCCCGAAUUGAAAAGGCAUACGAGAACCCACACGGGGGAGAAGACGUACAUGUGUGACACGUGUGGGAGAGGUUUUCUGCUCCCCGCUAAUUUGAAGGCGCACAUAAAAUCGCACUCGGAGGAGAAGCCGUACCCUUGCGGCAUCUGUGGGAAAAGGUUCAAACGGAAGUUCGCUCUGAAAAACCACACGAACUUGCACAUGGGCGCAAAGCCGUAUUCUUGCAAAAUAUGUGGGAGAGGUUUUGUACUUAGUUACACCCUGAAGAUCCACAUAAGAACUCACACAGGCGAGAAGCCGUACGCGUGCGACACCUGUGGGAAAAAAUUCUCUCAGUCGUCGGACCUGAAAAAGCAUUCAAGACUUCAUACGGGCGAGAGGCCAUAUACUUGCGAUACAUGCGGCAAAAGUUUUGUCCAAAGUAGCGGCUUGAAGACCCACAUGAGAUCUCACACGGGGGAGAAGCCGCACUCGUGCAACACCUGCGGGAAGGGAUUCUCUCAAUUGGCAGACAUGAGAAGGCAUUCGAGACUUCAUACAAAUCCAAAGGCGCAUUCACAGAGCACACAAGAGCGUUCAGAUCUAGGGGUCAAUCGACAACCCACAUGAGAAGAGCCCAUGCUGGUGAGAAUUCUUAUCAACACCUCAGAGACUGAACCUUUAACAGGAGCUGCACCUGAUUUAAAUUUGGACGCAUCAUCUUUGAAGUAGUCACCUUGUGCAAUAAUGGACUUUGCAACGCUCCUGCAACACUUGGAAUACUUCCUGGGAGUACCGUUUUUUUAAGCACCCCAUGGUACUCGUACUGUCAAACCGCUGAACAUCCACUCCGAGCCUCUGCCUCAAAGAAUGACCUGAUGCUAUUUCUUAAAUUAGAAAAAGAUAAAAUUCUCCAUCAGAGGAUCAGUCCAAAAAUGCCACUCUACUUGGGACCCUUUAGUAUUUUUAUUUUGAAAAGAUCAAGUCUCUCACUGAAGAUUAGACAGGCACGGCAAUGGCUUGUGGAGCCCGCUCUCAGUACACUAGAACGCAAUGACAAGAGCAGAAUGUAUUAAUUGCCUGUUCACUUAAACACCCACAGAACAAUUAAUUAUUUGAUUAAUUUGUUGGAGGGUUUUACAUUUUGUGUACGUAUAUAUUUUUUGAUAUGGCAUGUGUUUAUUUCUUUCAUCAAUUUGUAACUACAAUCCAUUUCACAGGUAGAGAUAUUGUCUUAUAUUUCAUAUUUUAUUAGUAGCAUGGGGGGGACAUCUUACUUGUUAGAUGUUUGUAAACAAUAAAAAAAAAUCAAUUUUUCAAAUAAAAAUAUGUUUUUAAAAAAAAGGAAGGCAAAUCCAGCGAGUAUGGCAGUUGGAAAGUUUGAGUGACUACCAAACAGAGUAAACAUAAGAAAUUGUGUUUAUUUUCUGAAUUCAAAUUGUACGUAUUUGGUUGUAUAUGUGUUUGUACGUGUAUUUAUUGUUAUUCAUAAUAAAGUUCAUGGUUAAACUAUAAAAUAUGGAGGCUCAGUUACAAUUGUCAAAAGUGUUUGAUAACAACAUAUUAGGGACGGAUGGCUGUACUUUAUUGUUAUUUAUUGUUCCCAAACUGGGAAAUUCCUGUGUUAGAGCAGCAAGUAUCAGUCACGCAACACAAAAAAAUGAAGCAAUACAAAUGUUAAAAAAUGUAUAAAUUGCAAAAAU